AAAUACAGCCCGUUGGACCUGUUGGCGGAGACCCGGUUCUGGGCAGGGCGAUAGCUGCCGAGCCGGACGGCGGCGUGCGGGGAGAUCGCCCACGCACCGCCGGGUGCGGUCGACGACGGCUGAUGGCUCCCCCCGCCGCCGCCGCCGCCGGGCGGCUGGGGGCGGCGCGCCGCGCACUCCUGCCCGUCACCGUGGAGCCCGUGCUCUUCCUCUUCAUGGUCGGCUCGUACAUGCAGUACACGGCCCUACAGUCGCUCAUCUACGCCAAGGUAUGCCAAGAGAGGUACAGCUCGUACGUGUGCGACACCCUGGACCUGGCCGAGCACAAGCCUCAGGAGGACGAGGUCCAGGACCAGUCCUCUUACUGGAUGCUCUUGUCCAACGUGGCACUGGCAGUGCCGUCGGUGAUCAGCGGCAUCUACAUCGGUACUUGGAGUGACGUGUUCGGCCGCAAGGUGCCGCUGCUGCUGCCGCCGCUGGGCCAGAUUUUAUCGGCGCUCGCGCCCGUGGACCUGGUCAUACUGGCCAGCGGAGUUGCAGGCGCGCUGGGCGGCUUCGCCGGCAUGAUCCUGGUCGUGAUGUCGUACCUGUCGGCGGUGACGGCGACGGGCGCGCGGACGGCGCGUGUCGGCGUCCUGGAGGCCAUGUCGCUGCUUGGGGGCUUCAUCGGCCCGUUCGUCGGCUCGCUGGUGUUCGAACAGGCCGGCCGCACCUGGACGUUCUGCGCGCUGCUGAUCAUCAACGUGGCGAUCGUGCUGUACGUGGUGCUGCUGGUGCGCGAGGUGCCGCCACCGUGCCCGCCACCCGCCGCCGAUUCGCUGUGCGAGACGCUGACCCAGCUGUUCAGUCUGCGGCACCUUCUCGACGCCAUCCUGACGAGCGUGAGGUCACGCGAAGGCCGUCGCAGGCGCUACAUCCUGAUGCUGCUGGCGUCCAGCUUUGUCAUCAUGCUCAACUCAUCAGGGGAAAUGCAUGCCACGUACUUGUUCGUCCGAGAUGCACCGUUAGCUGUGGAAGACUCGACGUACUUCGCCUAUUUUGCUUAUAAAUAUGGAAUUUCCUCGGCUGCCCUUCUAAUCGGCAUGCCCCUGUCGCGGCGCUACUUCCCGCUGAGUGACACCGCCUUGUCCGGACUGGGCCUCACCUCGAAGAUCCUCGGCCUCAUCUGGCUCGGGUUCGCCGUCAAUAAGGCCAUGCUCUUCAUAGCGCCGCUGGUGAUGAUCCUCAACACGUUCUGCAUCCCGCCGAUCCGUUCCAUGCUCUCCAAACUGGUGGAAGACAACGAGCAAGGCCGCAUCUUCUCGAUGGUGAUGGUGAUCGAGAGCCUGUGCUCGCUGUUCGGCUCGCUCGUCUACAACAGCGUGUACCCGGCCACGCGGCGCCACCUGCACGGGCUCGUCUUCCUGCUGGGCGCCGCCAGCCUGCUGGUGCCGGUUCUGCACUGA